CUCGCCUCUUUCCCAUCCAUUCAAUUGGGUGCAGUCUGGGGUUUCGUCGUCCUCAGUUCCCCGAGCAACAUCAAGCAGAACCAUUCAAUGAGCAUAUAAGGAACCUCAAACUGCUUCUUAGCUAGAACUUAAGGAGCCUAAGAUUUGGCAUCUUUUCAAGUUACCAUCCAUGGUUGAAGAUGGAAAUCCGUUUAUCAAGGGAAGGAGAUAGAUAUAACAACUGUCAUUUGUUCUUAUCUGGGGAAGACAAUCCUGGAAAUAUGGCAUCUAACAGUAUAGCCCAAGUCAAAGUCAGAAACUGCUUCCAAUGCAACUAGUUGAAAUAUUCUGUUGGUUCUGGAGAGGAGACUCAUUAAAAAAUGCACUUUAGUGCCGGUGGGCCCAAUUUGUUGCCUCUAAGUUGCGUUCAUGAAACUGUGGAGAGUGUUUAUCCGCCAUCUCCCUCCAAUAACAAAGAUUCUGAAAGACAAUAUGAAGAGAAAUUCAAUUUUGGCUUUCUCAACUGUGCUGAUGUCAAUGAAGCAGUUGAACUAUCUAUUGCAGCAUCUGAAGCACUGGUUAUACAUGAAUUAGUGAAGCGUGAGUUAGCUUCAAUGGCAUUGCCAACAGAAUCAGUACUUGAAGUUGCCCUACAGGUGAGACAAGCAAGGUUGGAGAUUUUGGAAGAGGCCUUCAGUUUCCAAACUGAGGAGAGUGACAUAUGCUAUUCUCUGUCUGACUUGGAUGAUGUUGCUAUGACAGAUGCAUUUGAAGAUGUUGGGUUAUCUUACAAUAACCCUGAUAAUCAGUGUGCUUGUGGUUCAGCUCAAUCUCAUGUCAAGGAAACUCCACUAUUUGAAAAUCAUAGCAUAUUUCACAAUGGAUUAAAUCACAUAGACGUCAGAUCUCAACAAGUAGAUUCUAAUCAUAUUUCUACACACAGACAUUUAGAAGACAAUAUGGGCAUGGGCGUGCAGUUAACAAAAGACUUAUGUCCAGGAUCUCUUGAUUGUGAAAGAAAGAGGAAACGUUCUAAUGGUCCUGUUCAGGUUUCAAGUACCUCAAAAUUGGCCGCAUAUGUUGAUUCCAUCUUGCACCAGUCUAUCCAGGAAAAUUCAGGCGGUUUAUUUAUGAAACAGGAAGAAGAUGCUCAUGCACUGUCGAAGCAGAAAAAUGCUAGAAGUGUUCCUGCAUUUUUUCUUGGUGAGACAAGCUUUCUAUCGGAAUCAGCAGAUAUUGCCCUGGAUGAAAACUCUUUUGUGCAUGAACACGAGUGCAUGUCCAAAUUUGGUUCGCAGUCAAGCAUACAUGUUGAAGGUUCACUUCAAAAGGCUCAUGAAGGGAUAUUGCUUUCUCAAGAUGUGGUUAGAUCUUCGAGUCUAUCUUUUGUCGAUCCUCUCUGUUCUGUUGUUCCUUGUAGUAUUCCUCCGGAAAAUGUCAGUUCGACACAAGGCCACAAUCUGAAUGAUGGAGAAAAUACUAGAAAAAAAUGCUCUAGACCCUUGAGCACACAUGAGAUGGAGAAUUUGCAAAGGACACUAAACCAAAAUCUGGGACCUGAUCAUGGGGAUGGCCAUGCUGCAUACACAGUUAAUAUAGAAGCUUCUGGUGUAUCAACUAGAAGGCAGAUGACCUCACUUAAGACUUAUAGCAUGCUUAUGCCUAACCCAGUAUGCUUUUUGGAAGGGGGAUGCCUUUACUAUAACCAGUCCUUUCAAUUAGAAUAUGAUCGAGGGAAGCUUUCUUCAGAUCAAAAUACGUGCUGCUCCAUGUCUUCCGAUAGAAGGGGUUCUACCGAGUUCCUACAUUCAAGGCCUGUUUGGAAUUAUGCUGAUGGUAAAAAUAAUGAGGACACUCAGGAAACUACUAUAAACAAUAAUUCAGUUGCAGAAAUGACAAAUCUGAAGAGAAAUUUCGAGAAAACUACCACAGAAGAGGACGAGUCUCUGAUCCAGCCAUUGGAGAGGAGAAUUUCACCUUGUGUUAUGAAUCAAAGGGCAUCCUGGCAUCUGCUGUCUUCUAAGCAUUCUGUAAAGAGUUUCACUGGACAUCCUAGACAUGCUUUGGUACCAGGAUGCAUUAUUAAGCAUCACCAAAGCAAAAUUGUUCAAAAUAUACAAUCUAAAGCCUAUAAUUUCCAUGACAACCAUGUAAGAAAACGUGUUCAUUUCUCUGAAGCAGAGGAUCUACUCCAGCAAACCAAGAACCCCCCAAAGCUACAAUUUUCACACCAGAACUGCCCAACUCUUAGAGCUCGUAAAGGACCAAAUUUGUCCAAAAAAUGGUCUAGAGCUUAUGGCAUGAAAAGUUGUCUCACAAAAUCGUCUCACAAGGUUAAGAAGAGAUUGAAUUUUCAAGGUAAAGAAUUCCUUGUUACUGGGUUUUCUAGUGAGAAGACAAAGGAAAUUGAAGGACUAAUAUGGAAAUAUGGUGGCAUUGUUCUCUUGGAUAUUCCUUCUCCAAAUUCAAGGGGAAAGGGAAGUGCAAGAGUUAUUUGUCAGCACUCUCCUGUUAUUCUUUGUUUAAAAAAGUUAAAAACUACCAAGUUCUUGUAUGGGUGUGCAGUGAAUGCUUUAAUACUGAAAGUUGAUUGGCUUACGGAUUCAAUUGUAGCAGGUUCUAUUUUACUGCCUGAGAAAUACAUGAUUCUAUCAAACCGAGUUGAUGCAAUAUGUACCAGAAGUGGAAAGCUAGUUCAUCUCAAUAACAAUAUGUAUAUAUUUGAAAGAGUAGGGAUUAUGCUUCACGGGAAGCAUAGUUUCUGCACCAAAUUUGCAAAAAUAUUCAGGCAUGGAGGUGGCCAGGUGUUUAAAACCCUUCAGUGGUUAAUUAAGGAUCUUGACGAUAAAAAGAUUUUUAUCGGUGCCAUCAUUGCUGAGGAUGAGAGUACAGUAUCACGUCAGUUGAAACAUUGUGCGGCAGAGCGAGAAAUACUAAUGAUGCCAGCCAGCUGGAUCAUUAAUAGCUUACAUUCAGGAAAGCUCCUUCCUAUUGCAGAGAAAAACUUCUACUUGCCUUUGCCAACAAAUGAUAUUCCAGAGGCUCCUAUUUCCAUGGGGUGGAGUGAAGAAAUAUGAACUUCGUUUCUACCACAGGUGAAGAGGAAACAGUGGGAGACAACCAUCCAUAGGGCAUUGUUUAUUUUUCUGUCAAUUUUCACGGGAACGGUGGCAGAGUAGACAAGGUGCUGCACAAGAGAAACAAGCUUCAGACUGGAAAUUGGAAAAUUUUAUCAUAUCUAUCUUGUGCUUGUUUAUUGCCAAGGAAAAAUCUAUUCAUCAUCUUAACUUCCA